GCCCGGUGCCCGGCGCCCGCCUCCGGCCCCCGGACGCGCCGCCCCGCUGGCUGGCCCGCGCCACGCUCCGCCCUGGACGCCGCUCAUCCCGGCGCGGGGGUGCGCGGGGGGUGGGAGCGGGCCCCGGCUCAGCCUGAUUUACGGCUCUGCUGAAAACCGCUCGGCUCCCGCAGCAUCAGCACCGGCGGUGGCGGCAUUAGCCGCAGCAGCAGCAGCAACAAGUCGGGACUUUUAGAGUAAUGCAACAGAAGGCUUUUGAGGAAGGCAGAUAUCCCUGGCAGGAGUCCUUUGAAAAUGUUGCUGUGUGCCUGCCAUUCCGCUGCCCGAGGUGUGGAGACCAUACCAGAUUUAGAAGCUUGUCAUCCUUGAGGGCCCAUCUGGAAUUCAGUCACAGUUAUGAAGAAAGAACGCUCCUGACAAAAUGCAGCCUCUUUCCAUCUCUCAAAGACACAGAACUACUCCCUUCCUCCGAACUCCUGAAACAGGGAAAAUUGCAGAGCCAUGGCAAUGUGGUAAAGCAGAAACCAAGCUAUGUUAACUUGUAUAGCAUUUCGCAUGAACACUCCAAGGACCGAAAGCCAUUUGAGGUGGUGGCAGAGAGGCCUGUGUCCUACGUGCAGACCUAUGCUGCGAUGGACAUACGUGCAGACUCACUGGAUGGGCCACGGUCGAGUCCUGGACUUCCCACCUCAGACACGAAAGCCUCUUUCGAGGCACAUGUCAGAGAAAAAUUCAAUCGCAUGGUUGAGGCUGUGGAUAGGACCAUUGAGAAGAGAAUUGAUAAACUCACCAAAGAGUUGGCCCAGAAAACUGCUGAACUGUUGGAAGUCCGGGCAGCAUUUGUGCAGCUGACUCAGAAAAAGCAGGAAGUUCAGAGACGAGAGCGGGCCCUCAACAGACAGGUGGAUGUGGCAGUGGAAAUGAUCGCAGCACUAAGGCAGCGCCUGACAGAAUCCGAGGAGGAGCUUCUUAGGAAGGAAGAAGAAGUAGUGACCUUCAACCAUUUCUUGGAAACAGCAGCUGAGAAGGAGGUUCAGGGGAAAGCGAGGCUCCAGGACUUUAUUGAGAAUCUGUUGCAACGGGUAGAACUGGCGGAGAAGCAGCUAGAAUACUACCAAAGCCAGCAGGUCUUAGGUCGAAGCCGUGACAUCAGUGAGCAUGUGCUUACAGAUAUCUCUUCAAAUAGGAAACUCAAAUGCCUAAGCCGAGGACACCAACAUUCUGUGUGUGGCCAUCCUGAUCUUAAGGCCCAUUUCCACCCGAAGGGAAGGAGCUACCUGAAGAAAGCCAAGGAUGAGAGAGCCGGACUGCAGCCUGCCAAGUCUGUUCAUGAACAGGCUGAGUCCUCAAGAGAACUCUGCAGACCACCCAAGAAAGGGGAGCUUCUGGGGCUUAGCCGGAAAGGCAACAUCAGGCCCAAAAUGGCUAAAAAGAAGCCAACAGCGAUUGUGAACAUCAUCUAAAAGGGUGGGUGGCUCAGGACCAUCAUCUCUUGCCUUUGGGGAAUGUUGUUCCAGGGACCAAUGUGAUUGUCCUUUUGGGCACAUCCCACAGUAAGACAUUGGAAAAGCAAAGAUCAUGAUGCACAUAAGCACCUCAAUUAACCAGAAUUUAACAAAGGGGAAUCUCAGUGAACCAGAAUUUUAUUAUAACCUCCUUUUAAAAGGUUUAAAAGCAAGAAGCAAAUUGUAGAAAGAACAAGAAGAAGAAGAAAAAUAAAAUGAAACAGUCUUAUCCAAAGGUUUUAGUAAAACAAAGCUCCAGCUGAUAAAAUAAUUGGCCCAGUCUCCAUUAGUCCUGGCACCUGGGCCCCUUAUGCAUUGGUCAUUAAUGUUCAGGCUCAGGGCCUCACAAGAUGUCAGACACUGGCAGAAAUUUCAUCUGUAGCUACAGCUUUCUAAAUUGUGAGGCCAGGAAUGGAAAAGUUCUGUUAAUAGCAAUGAAAUGAAGAUAUUUUUGUUUGCAUCUAACCUCCCCCUCUGUUAAUUU